GACGCGGCCACUGGGGUCUGCGGUUGGCCCCGCCCCCUCCGUGACGCACCGCGGGGAGAGAAAGCUGCGGGCGCUGCCUGUCGGGAUGGGGGCGGGGCUGCGGAUCACGUGACUUUCUCUACCUCCCCAAGCGGGGGGUACCGCGGACGGGAGGGAGGGGCCAGGCGGGAGGGUGACAGUGACGUGACAUGGGUGGUGGAGCUCAUCCUCCGUGCCCUCGCCAUGAAGCACUGGCGGGGGAAGGGGGGAGCGAAGAGCUGGUCCCCUCCAAGGUUACCCCCUUGGAACGUGCUGCCGGUGACCUCAGAGCGAGGCAAGGCCGAGAGCUCCGCCCUUAAAGGGACCGCGCAGGGAGAUUGAGCCCCGUUGGGGUGUCUUGCCAAGGAUCUUUCUCCGGGGAGUUUCAGGGACUUUAAAAGCUGAGGCAGGCCACUUCUCUGGCCCAAUCCCAAGACUUGUUUGGCGUGAGCAUGGUUGUUCCUUUAUUAAGCCUUCAUAUUAAGUCUUUAGGGGCAAGUCCAACUAUUGCUGGCAUAAUAGGAUCUCUUUAUGGUUUCCUGCAGCUUGUUUCCAGCACAUUUGUGGGCUGCUGGAGUGAUGUUGUAGGAAGAAAACAGUCCCUGCUUGCCUGCAUUCUCUUCAGUGCACUGGGUUAUUUGCUGCUGGGCAUGUCCACUAAUGUGUUUUUAUUUGCUAUUGCUAGAGUUCCUGUAGGUAUUUUCAAACACACACUCUCCAUUUCUAAAGCUCUUCUUUCCGACUUGGUGUCUGAGAGAGAGCGCCCACUGAUUAUAGGGCAUUUCAAUGCAGCCUCCAGUAUUGGCUUCAUUCUGGGUCCUGUGGUUGGUGGCUACCUUACAGAGCGAGAGGGUGGCUUCUACCUGACAUCCUUCAUCUGCUCUUCCAUCUUCAUUCUGAAUGCUGGUCUUGUCUGGAUGUUACCAUGGGAUGAAGAAAACACAGUGAGCAGCAAACAUGAGCAAACCACCUGCAACAGAAAGAUGACUGAGAAUAUCUUGGGAAAGGUGAACCAGGACUCACAGAUUAAAGCAGUAGCUAAUGGAACAAAGAAAUGUGAUGUUCCUCUCUGGUCUCCCUGGAUUCAAGUUGUGCCAGUACUGAAAAGGAUUAAAAGCAUCGCAUGUUCUGAUAUGUGGGAUAUAUUUUUAGUACGGCUACUAAUGUCUGUUGCCGUAAUGCUGUACUACAGCAAUUUUGUUUUGGCAAUUGAAGAGAGAUUUGGAGUGAAACCUAAGCUGACUGGGUACCUGAUAAGUUAUGGCAGUACCCUUGGAGCACUUGCUGGCUUCCUAGUUGGAACAAUAACGAGGCUAUAUCAGCAUAACACUUACACAAUUUUAUUACAUUCCAGUGUUCUCACAUGCACAUUGAUACUGCUGUAUUCUUCAGCACUCAGUAUAUGGACAGUGAUUUUGUCUUCUACGUUUUUAGCCUUUUCAACUACUGUAGGACGCACUUGUAUCACUGACUUGGAACUGACCCUGGGUGGAAAUCAUGCCAGUGGUACACUCCUAGGAAUUGGUCAGUCUGUGACAUCUGUGGGGCGUAUAAUUGUUCCUCUUCUCUCCGGAAUUGCACAAGAGUUCAGUCCCUGUGGCCCUCCAACUGUUGGCGUGGGGCUGGGACUGAUGGCUGUUCUAAUCAUGGUAAUGAACAAAUCACAAUACAGUAGUGCUAGAAACAUUAAACUUAACAGUGAGUAACAUCUUAUUUUGGACAGGGUUAUUAUCUUAAAUGAAACAGAGCAAUUCAAAGAAUUGGGGAUAAAUUGUGGGAAAGAACAAUAAGCACAAAAGAAGUUUAUUGUAAGCACAAUAAGUUCACAGGAUGUUAUAAGAAGAAACAACAACUUCAAGGGCAGUGAGGCCUGAUGCGGCCUUCAGAUUCACAUGGACUCUUCUAAUGGAGUAUCACAAGUCAAGACAAAUGCUCAUAAGUGUAAUUUAGAGACACCAACAAGAGGCGCAGGAAUGGAACAGAAAAUUUAAAAAAUAAGAGUUCUCGAGUGUCAAUGGCAUGUUGAAAAAUCAAUACUUUCAUCAGUGCUUCGCCUAGAAAUGUACCCACCCUGAACUUUCUUGAUAUCCCAUACUUGUUUCUUUUUGCCCCAGUGUUUCUGGGUAAUAGAACCAUGUAUGUUCUGGCACUUUUAUGUAUUAGCAGGCCUAAAAGAAGCAUGUAUUUUAAGAGAAGAUGUCACCAUCCAGAGCAGAGGUGAUUCAGUUGAAUGUAAACUAUCUUGAAACUUGCACUAGUGGUUUUUGCACUAAUUACCACCUCCAUUUGCUUACCUUCUGCCAUAAAUGUUUUAAAAUUUCCCCAAAAUUCCCGGUGCAGUUUCCUUCCAUCUCUGCUCUAAGUGUAACUUUUCCGUCUCAGUUCUUCAGUUGGCUUUUUAAAAUGUUCUGGAGAAAUAUUUUUAACUGUUUGAUGUUGAAUUAAUUCAUUGUCUUUUACCUCUACCAAUAUAGGUACAAAUGCCAUUUUAGAUAACAAUUGAAAGUAUAUGCAGUUGGUGCUGGUCUAGUCUUCAUUUGUCUGCAAUGGUUUAGGAAGCCAAAGCUAACAGAUUCUUGCAAGCAAAGGUGCAUCAAGAGAGUUGGGGACACAAUUCAGAGUACUGCUCUGUAUUGUACCUGGUUCAGGCCAGUAAUCACUAGUAGUCAUUUGUUUUCAUGAGCUUUAAAUUUGUUCCACAUUUAAAAAAAAAAAUAUCUUGCACUUUUAAUGUCUUUUACCUGAAAAUCUCAUGCACUUUCCAUGUAAUUAUUUGGUAUAUCAUACAAAACCAGCUGUGUGAAUUUUAUAUAAAAACAUUGUGUGCAUAUGCAUUUUCAAAAAUUAUAAACAAAGCGUCACUUCAUAACUGUCACAGAUGGUGUUUUGUAGGGUUUUUUAAUCAUCUUUUUUUCCCCUCAGUAAUGUGUCUUCUCUUCCAGAAUGCGUACUCCCAUUUGAAGUCAGUGGUAAAAUCCCACUGAUUUCAGUAGGAGCACCAUGGAAAAAUGCCUGCAGAUCUUAUAAUUAUUUUAAGUGCUUUUGAGUUUAGCAAACAUACAGGGCUGGCAUCUUCUAUGUUUGCAGGAGGUAACCUUGAUUUCUCUCUAAGAGUUCAAGUUCAUAUAGAAAAUAGAGUUGCUUAUAUUUUAAUAUAUUCUCACUUUUGCUCCUCCCUUUAUGGAUUGGAAGAAUUGUUACCUAGGUAAAAUUUUCAGAUGUGCCCAAGUUCCAACCUCAAAAGUAAAAGGGCUCCUAAGUUAACUUACUUUUAGGAGCCUAAAGUCACUAACCUACAGCUACCACUUUACCAAGCACCUCAAAAUAUUCUGUCACCCUAUCCACUUUUAUACUGCAUUUCUAUAUUAUGAAAUGGAUUUUUGCUGCUAUCUCUUGGAACUUAAAAACCUUUGAUAAAAAUGUUGCCUAGUGAUCUGAUAACUAAUAAAUAGACAAAGACUUUCUUUUUUAAGUUCCAGUAACAAUAAUAACCCAAGGCAUUAGACCAAAGAAACAAUGAAGAUUGUCUUGCAUUAAUCUGGGUAAGUGUGCAAAUACCACUUUUAUGGGUGACAGAACUGAAAGUGUAAAUACUUUUAUGCGUACAAAAAUGGACGUGUGUUGUACUCUUUACAACCAGCAGAUAUUUUUGCAUAACUCUAUUUUGUUUUGGAAGAGAUAUUGCAGUUUUCUUGUCUAAAUGUGCACAGAAGACUAAUACGUGGACUGGAACGUGGUCUCAGGGAUGAUGAUACUUCUGGACAAAGAAGUGUUUGGAGUUGAUAAUCAAAUAAUUUCUGAAGGAUUUUUUUAAAGGAUUUCUUUCUUCACGGUCACAAAAGAAUGAUACUAAAAUUGUUAUUAAAAACAGUAAUAAAAUUAAAUGAU